CUCAAAACCUAGAGAGAGAGAGAGAAAAGAGAACGCUAGCACGUUCCCUGUGGCCGAUCCAGUCACGUGCGUGUGGAUACCGGUAGAGCUCGGGAUUGUUUUCUCGGACUGUCUGACAUCCUUGCUUAAGAUUGCUAUAAGACAAAGAGUUCCAACGGUUCACGCUGGUGGUUCAAGUUUUAAGCCUGGGGUAUGAAGGGUUGUCUUCAUGAUGGAGUUAAUUUUGAAGAAGCUGGGAUACACUUGGAGGGCAAUGACGUAGUUUGGCCAUCAUGGAGAAUUAAAAGUGUUUCUGGACAUCAAUUAACACGUCCUCUGACUGGUGCAUUAGUGCAAGACCACUUAAUUGCAACGUCUCAGACAAUUCAUGAGCAGGAGCACCCAUAAACUUCAAUUCCUCUACAACCAUUUGAAAUGUUGAAGAGUCCUUUAGAAAAUGGAUCUCUCGGUUGGAUCCACAUCAAUCCUCAUGAAGAAGUCAACACAUUCUAUAAAUAGUUUGAUGGUUGUAAUAUCUCAUCUGAGGUGAAGAUCAUGUACCCAGUUUUGUCACUUGGGUUGGCUAUCGUAUCUCAGGUGAAGAACUUGGAGAGCAUUAGUACUAGUGCAGCUACAACAUCUCUAGACUCUUCCACCAACUCUUUGAGUGUUGCUAUUGGAAACGAAUCUGGCCAAGUUCCCUAUUACAUGAUUGGAAGCAGCUCUGGCUAAGAGAAAACAAGAUUGCAAUUGAUCACUGAACCCAACACUAAAGUUUCCCUUUUCCCAAGUGGUGCUGGGUAUCAAUGCACAACUCUCUCUUCGUUUGUCAGUUCCCCAGUAUGCAUCUGGCAGGACAUGGCGUCAGGAUCCCAAUGGGUUAUGGGGUUUGAAAGUCGCCAGGUUGCUAUACUUGAUAUUGGUUCACCCUCGGUUUUAUUUCUAAUGUACAGUCCCUCUAGCUCAAGAUCUAUGGUCUUUUCUGCUAAGGCAUCUUUGGGUGUUCAUCAAAAUACUGUAAAAUCAGAAGGUGGAAUCUCAUAUGAAACUAAGGAAGAACUUGCUUUGUGCUUACCCAUAGAUGGACACAUUAUUUUAAUGACUACAAGCAUUGGCAGUUUGAUCCAUUCGCAACCAGUGCAUCCAGAAAAUGAUGUUGAAAGAAAAGAUCAAACAGCACCAUCUGAUCAUGAGGAACAAAACACUUACAAAGAUCCCAACAAUCAGAGUGUUCUCCAGGCAAGCAAGCUCAUGGUUCCAGCAUCAGUUAGGUACUGGAAAGGAAGAGAUGCCAGGAUGAAGAUGAAUUUGAAGAUCUAGGUUGUUUCCUAUCACCCACCUUGAGGACAUGGUGGUUGUUCAAGGGGGGAGAUAUGAUAGGGACAUGGAC